AUGUUUAGCCCUCUUAUACUUGUUACAUGUUUUAUAAUACCUACUGCAAGGGCAAGUGGCUGGGAUGACUUUACAGACAAUCUUGCUACGGAUCUGGCACCUUUGAUCUCUCUCUUCGGAGAACGACUGACAACACAAUUUCUUUCGGAGUCUGUCAGUCUUUUAGACAACUUUAUCUUUGCCCUAGCUCCGCUGGGGAUUUUGACAGCUGCGGUUUCCGCAAUCCGAGUCUGUGGGAAUGCUUCUCUUAGAGCAUUCAUCGGAAGAGCCCAGGAGGGUCCCGGCGAGGCAGAACAUGAGCUGUUGUCCUGUGUUUCGGAGACCACGGCCGAAUUGUUUAACAAUGGUGGCAUUUCCCGCGUUUUUGGGCGCCCUCGACUUCUGGAGGUAGUGGUGUGGAAGGACAAAGAUCCUAUAACAAAAGAAGACUGCUGGAAGACAGGGACUUUGCGUGAUGCUCUCCUACAGGGCGCAUGGACCGCAAAAGACGGAGGGUUAAAGCUCCUUGAGAAGGACUACCCGUUACCGGAACUUGAAAUACCAAAUCUGUCUCUGAACAAAGGCAUUGCAAGGAGGAGCCAGGGUUGGUUCUACUGCGCUGCAGCCGUAGGAUUUGUGCUGCAGAUAGGAGUGCUUGCAUAUUCUGCGGUAACAGUUUUGAUAUACCCGGAUCAGUUCCAAAAGGAUGAACACCCGGUCGAGAGCUAUGCGCUCCCACUCUUUCUCAUUGGGACUAUAUGUCUCUGUACGGGAAUGUUCCUCUGUGCCUUUAUCAUCGAACGCUCGUCGAAGGAAUUCUACUUCCACCCUGUCAAGCCUAGCAAGAUUUACUGGUUACAACCUGGGGCACAGAACGUUGGAGACCAAGUAUUCGACUCAUUUCUUGCAGUCAACGAAGGACCUAAUUCCCAACUAAACGAAGGUCUCGUGUAUAUUAAGUCGAUAAGGGACCUUGCACUUCAGGGCGAUUCGUAUAUACUCGUACUCACUAUAUCAUUCACAUUAAUCGGAUUUGUCGCUCAAUUCGUCGGUCUUCGAGGACUGCAUGCGUCGGUGACCUUAGCACAGAUGGGGUCCACUCUCGUGAUGGCUAUCAUCCGGACAUGCCUUCGCACGAAGAGGAUCAGUUCGAAGGAGAACCGCCUUACUAAAUACGAGCGGGACCUUACCUCUCACAAGAGCCAAGAAUUAGACUGCUUUGCAUUCCACCUCGAGAAUGCAAAAUCAUUUAGUCUAGUUUCUGGCAUAGUCAGAGGGCCGUCGUCAUACCAACCCAGUCUCUUAUCAGUAAUGUCAGGGUCUUCAGGUCAAGAUACUAGGUUGGGGGCUAAACUCGUUCAAACAAGGGCUCACCUUGCGAAACUCACGUCUAGUACUGACCAGCUCCAAGCUUCGGCUUGGGAUGGGAUGCCUAUCCGGCAGGUUGCUCAAGACUUAGCCCGGACGAUUGAGGCGACGAUGGACUUAAUAUCAACCUGGCAGCACGUGCCAAAGGAUAUGGGCAGCUUCGAGCUUGAUUUUGUGUGUCAAUCUCAUCACAAGUUUAUCGCACCUAAAUUGGAGAGCUACACGAUCAACCUCGCAAGAUCAGAUGACACGCAACAGUGGCGAGUUCAGGAACACGAACUAGAGGCAGUGUUAGGGCUCUGGACAUGGUCACUAUUGAAUUCUAGCCCAGAGUGGCUGCAGAGAGGACUUGGUAGGCUUGUCGGACUAAGUGAGUCCGAGGCCAGAGCUGAAGACACUGACCUUUACUUCCAUAAAUGGAUCUUCCGGCAGAGAGAGGCUAGGAUGGUUUCGGCCAAAAUGGUUUGUCUACCUCAGUGCAUGUUUGGAUUUUAUUCAGGCCACUAUCCCAACGAUAAAGAGAUUCUGGUUGUGAAGACCGAAAAUUGCCUUGAAACUAUGGCCGCUCAAGAUAUUUACGUUCAGUUUAUCAGAAGCGCUUUUCAGAAUCUGAGAGAACUUGGUGGCGAUACCAACGUGGUUUCCAGCUCGAGAGACGGGUACAUUGCUCAUAAUAACCGCCUUCACGACCUUGUGAACUGUUUCGAAUCCAGCAACUUAGGCUCACGAGAAGAUGCACUGUUGUGCAUAGUUCCUGUGUUGAGGCAUCGAGGUCUUCUACCAAUGCUUUCUGGAGGCUCAAAUGUUGUCAAGCGCCGGAUCAAGGAGCUUACAGCCAGCAGCAACUGGGAGGGAGCGUUUUCAAUAUUAUGGUGGCUUUGUGAACGUAGUGAAGGAGAGGACUUCGAACAUUCUGUCUUCGAACUCGGCUGCCUUUGUCGUCGGGCAAUGUUACAAACAGACCCGAAUAUACAGGCAGAAGGCUACAAAUAUGCAUAUCGUCUCAUAGAAAAUGAUCCAAGGACGAGGUUUAUCAGAAGCCUAAAGGAUAGCCGCCCCACAGACUGGAUGAACGCUGACCAGCGACCGGAGCAGUGGAAAGCAUUUCCCCUCCAAUUAGGAUGGGUAAUCUGGCACAUCGCUCAAAGAAAUAGCGACCGACAGGGCGUUCAAAGCUCCUUGGAAUCUCUUGGUAUUAAUGGGAGCUCGGUGUCUAUAGGAAAAGCGAAUGGAAAUGAGAACCAGGGCAAAAAGGGAGAGCAAGCCGUACUCCAUUGGUUAACGAACAAUGACGAGGGGCUGUACAACCGCGAGCUUCUUUCCAUAGAUGAUCGUCUAGCCCUAGAUUGGCUGUGUCAGAAUAGGCACCACGCACUUUUGGACUGGCUUGUUGCGAGAUGGGUUGAGUUAGAAGAACGAUGUCCAGGGUUCCUCUACCACAUCGUCAUUUGGGCUGUGGAAGGCAAAUAUCGAGUAGCGAUAGAUGCACUUCGCCGGCACGAUGUCAGCAUAGACAUGCACAAUCCCAAAGACGGCUCAACUCCCCUGAUCGACAAGAUUAUAGCUGGUGAUCGAAAGGCAAUUCAGGAGCUGCUCGACGCCGGUGCCGAUGUUAAUGCAAGUCAUUCCAGUGGAGGAACAGCGUUGUCGGCCGCCAGUCAUAAAGGAGAUUUGGAAACGGUUUCUCUGCUCUUGCGCAAAGGCGCCAGAGUCAACAUCCAAGACAGCGACGGAUACACUCCUCUGAUAUGUGCUAUCGUGGGGGACUAUGUCGACAUUGCUCGGGUUCUCUUUGAGCACGGUGCUAAUGCUAACCUGGGUAGCUUCGGCGGAAGUACGCCUUUAAUGACUGCGGCAGCAGAUAACAGGGUGGAAAUGCUGGAGCUACUGCUUUCUCAGGGGGCUGAAGUGGAUGUGGAAAGCAGCGAUGGAUGUACUGCUCUAAUGCUAGCAGCUAGGAAUGGCAGCACAGAAGCCACGAGGCUUCUGUUAGGCCACGGUGCCAACGUCCGUAAACGCACGCUAGGUGGUGAAUCGGCUCUCGACUGGGCACGAGGAUUCGAGCAUAUUGCAAGCGAAUGCAUACCGUUACUCGAAUCCGCAAUGGCUCAGAGCUGA